AAGCAUUAUAUAAGUUUAGUGGAAAAUGCGGUUUGGUCACUUCACAACCAAACUUGAUUCGAAGACCAUCAAAAAAGCAAAUAAAAAAUUCUUUAUUAAGAUUAAGUGAUAAAAAUUUUAAUAGAAAAAAUAAUUAUGAAUACUGCCUGUUUAGUACUUUUUGCAUUGGCAAUUUUGUAUUCCAGUUGUUUGUGUCUUCCCCCGGGCAGUUAUGUUGAGUAUAAAAUGCAUCUUAAGAAUUUAAACCAGUCUAAGUUUAAGUGCGGUACUCCUCAACCUCGAUUGGUGAAUUCUUUAUCAAUUUUAAAUAAGACAAAUGUAAAUGUACUUCCAAAGUUUACAGUCCUUUAUAAAUGCGAAUGUACAGGAGUUUGCGAUCUACCCGGCUAUAGCUGCAGAGCAACGGUCGAAGAUCCUGUGACAUUGCAUUUUAAAGUUAGAAACAAAUAUCUCAUCGGACAAGCCCGUAAUGCAAAAACAUGUGGUUGUAUUAUGAUUUGUUUGUGUCUUCCCCCGGGCAGUUAUGUUGAGUAUAAAAUACAUAUUAAGAAUGUAAGCCAGUUUAAGUGCGGUACUCCUCAACCUCGAUUGGUGAAUUCUUUAUCAAUUUUAAAUGAGACAAAUGUAAAUGUACUUCCAAAGUUUACAGUCCUUUAUAAAUGCGAAUGUACAGGAGUUUGCGAUCUACCCGGCUAUAGCUGCAGAGCAACGGACGAAGAUCCUGUGACAUUGCAUUUUAAAGUUGGAAACAAAUUUCUCAUCGGAAAGGUCCGUAAUGCAACAACAUGUGGUUGUAUUGAAAAAAUUAAAAGAAUAGGAUUGUAUGAUUGUAAAUAAUUGUUUUUUUAUUUACUCG